AUGAAGAGAUCCUUGGUUCUGAAUCCAUAUGUGAGUGUCGUAGGAGCUUCGCUUUAUCUAGCUCAAUGGACUCAUCCAGACAUUGCAUUCUCAGUGAACUUAUUAGCCAGGUUUAAUUUUGCACCAACCAUUCGUCAUUGGAACGGAAUUAAGAACAUCUUCAGUGAUGAGUUGGUAGGAUUUUCUGAUGCUGGAUACCUUUCGGAUCCACACAAAGGACGUUCGCAAACUGGUUAUGUUUUUACUAUGGGGAAUACGGUGAUUUGUUGGACAUCAACCAAGCAAACCCUUGUUACUACUUACUCGAAUCAUUAUGAGAUUAUUGCAUUACAUGAAGCCGUCAAAGAGUGCAUUUGGCUUCGAGCAAUCAUUACGCAUAUUCGAGAUGCUAGUGGAUUAAUUUCUACUACAGUUGAACCAACUUGUAUCUACGAAGUUAAUGUAGCUUGCAUUGAGCAGAUGAAGUUAGGUUUAAUUAAGGGUGUAACACAACAUAUAUUUCAUCAAAGUUCUCUUAUAAUCAGCAACAACAAGAGAUGUUGA